UUGAGUACCUUCCUGGUGAAUGCCACCGCCGUGCCUGCAUUUAAAAGCACAAUCCUCUUCCUACCUUGGAUCAGGAAGCACCAUACUCCAUUCUCUUACAUUCGGCACAGGUAUUUCCCUCCUGAAUCUAGAAUCAACGAUAUCUCCCUGUAGGAGGAAUUUAUUCUGAUCACAGAGAUCUUGACAAGAUGCCAAAUCCACUUGUCACAGGCGGCGUCAUGGAUGGCACUCGAUAUCCGGGACCAGACGAAGGCUGUGCACCGCCUAAUUGGUUUAUCUCGUGUACUCCACCGGUCAUCGAGAAGGACACGAUCAUCGUAGCAGCUACUUCGCCAAAUGUCAUCAAAGGCCAUCAGAAAGAGGACGGGUGGUUUCUCUCUGAUUUCUACGCUUUCAACUACCUGCUCCACGGUCUCGGUUCAUCACAAACAUGGCUCACAGCUGCUCUCCUCAAAGCAGACCCUCGAUUCCCAGUUUAUUUGCACGGCAACCCUUACCAGGAACGCAAGGUUGUGUUGAGCAACGAUCUACUCAAGAGCGGGGAAUUGACGCGGGUCACGGUUGUUCGCAGCAAUAAUAUGAUCGCUCAGUUCCUCCGUGAAGUACGGCAAGCCUCGAAACAAGCAGUGAAGCAACAGGUUCCGUUACUUCUUCUCGUCUUCUGUCAUGGGCUGCCGAACCUCACCAUGUUACUCGACUGUGGGGAAAAGUCGAAAGGAAUUACGCCAACGACCCUUGACGGAGCCAUUGAACCAGGCUGCCGCUAUACUGUUUACACGACUGCAUGCCACUCGGGAGGGUGGGUCGUCAAGACAACUUCUGAUCACUGGCAUAGCCCAUUAAACACCAGUAUGUUGGCUGCGGCUAGUAGAAAUACAACGUCAAACGCGUGGCAAGACUCCCGCAGCAUUAGCCGUGCUUGUGGAUCGGUUUUCGCCAGCGCGGUUAUCGAGGCAUUGACGUGCAAUUCAACUCCUCUAAUCGACUCUCUCGGUGAUGGCUGCGCUGGCGACUCCAACAUGCUUCAACCUACGGAGCCGAGCGACACUCAAACAGCCACAUACAACACGUUCUGCGACUCUAUUCUCACUUGUUGCGCAGAUCGAGUUCAUCGUCUAUGGUACGAGCAAGAGUUUACUUUUAGCGCCCAAAAUGACCAUUGGGGAAACUCUUGGACCGGUCGAUCAGGUAUCCCCCUGGGGCAUUUUGAGCAACGCUGGAACAAGCUACCCACCGUCGGGUACAAUGGUCCGUCUGACGUGAAGGCACUAAUGGAUCCACAUCCUGGUAACCCGACUUACUCGGCCUCAACCGACAAAACAAAAACGGGUGUGGGUGCCGAUACCGAGGCCGAAUCACUCAUUGGUGACCUCAUCGAGAGCAUCUGUCACAAUCGGUUGAAAGUCAUGGCCGCCUUGUUCCUCCAAACUUGCCCUGGUGACUGGGACAGCGGUUGGGGGCCGAUCACACGGGGCGGCUUGUGGCUAGCAAUGGAAGAAAACCCAAUACACGAACCAGAUUUCGAUCCUGUUGCCAUGAUCACCUUUCGCUGGGAAUUGGCUCAAAUUGCUGAUGAUCUGGUCCGCCGCUUCCAACUGCCCGUUCCUGCGCAACAGUGCUGCCUACUUUGGGAUUAUUCGGAGCACCUUACUCGAAGAGCGAAACAAGGACACAAAAGGUCGGAGCGAGGACGCUGGGUUUACACAGCGUUAGUUGCCCAUGAAGUUCAGCCUGUACCAACAGAUGAACAAGGGUAUCCAUUCGAGCGCUUCACCUUUUACCUGACUGCAGCGAUCGUCGAGGCGGACCUCGACGACGGGGAAACGAAGUUAGUGGUUGAGGGGAUAGCCGAUCACAUGCGUAAGGCUAAAGCAUUCCAUGAAAUGCGUGCGUUGCGCAGUCCCAACGUCAUCCAACGUGCAAGGGAGUGGCUUAGGAGUGUCGGCAAGGAGUUACGGGACCUGAGCAAAGAUUCAGGUUGAAUGAACACAGAACCAUGUUUUGACAAGCUUUCAAGCUUUGGCCCCGUACACCAGCGAUU